AUGGACAACUACAAGCGCAAGCGGGAGAAGCAGCGCGUCAGGGUGCGCGGCAAGUACGAGAUCCUCGGCUUCAUCAGCUCGGGCACAUAUGGGCGCGUGUACAAGGCGCGGCCGCGCUCAGGCCCGCCAAUCGAGCUCGCCAUAAAAAAAUUCAAGCCCGAGCGCGAAGGCGAGUCGCGGCCCUCCACCGGCAUCUCGCAGUCGGCGUGUCGCGAGAUCGGGCUGUGCCGCGAACUGCACCAUGAAAACAUCGUCGACCUCUGCGAGUUCGACCUCCUCUCAAUAAUGCAGCACCACAUGCACCACCUGCGCAAGCCGAUGCCGGAGCUGGUGGUAAAGUCGAUUCUGUGGCAGAUGAUCAACGGCGUCGCCUACCUGCACGCAAACUCGAUCCUGCAGCGCGACCUGAAGCCUGCCAACAUUCUGAUCACAUCCAGCGGCGUGGUCAAGGUCGGCGAUAUGGGCCUGGCGCGCGUCUUCAAGCGGCCGUUCCAGACGCUGUACAAUGGUGACAAGGUCGUUGUCACCGUGUGGUACCGCGCGCCCGAGCUGCUGCUGGGCUCGCGCCACUACACCACAGCCAUCGACAUGUGGUCCAUCGGCUGCAUCUUUGCUGAGAUGCUCGCCCUCCGCCCCAUCUUCAAGGGCGAGGAGGCCAAAAUGGAGAAGAAGGUUGUGCCCUUCCAGAAGGGCCAGGUCGCAAAGAUAAUCGAGGUCCUGGGCAAUCCUACAAGGGAGCUGUGGCCCACCAUCGAGCUCAUGCCCGAGUUCCCGAAUAUGAAGCAGUUCAGGUCGUUCCCCAAUGCCCUGCGCGGGUGGUUCCAGAACACUGGGCACAAGUCAGAGUCUGCCUUUGCUCUGCUGUCGAGUCUGCUCGAAUACGACCCGGAUCGCAGGAUCUCCGCAAAAGAUGCCCUGGAACAUCCGUACUUCAAGGACGAGCCGCGGCCUGUCAGGCACCCGUUUUUGGAGCAAAACAUUCAGCUAUCCGAAGCGCAGGCUGACACUGGACGAGCUUUGGCAAUGCCUAGGAAGCGCUCUGUGUCGCCUAGCGAUCUGGACAGUUCGUCGUCAGGCAGCGACACGGAGCUGGAUUUGCCCGAGCCCAGCUCGUUUCUGGAACUGUCCAGCGGGCAGAGAGCCCUCCCAUGA